CAAACCACCACGCCAGCCUUCACCAUCUCACUGCCACUCUCAGUGCCACCAUGCUGGCCUCAGGGCUGCUCCUGGUGGCUUUGCUGGCCUGCCUCACUAUAAUGGUCUUGAUGUCUGUCUGGAAGCAAAGGAAGCUCUGGGGAAAGCUGCCUCCUGGCCCACCUGCAUUGCCUUUCAUCGGGAACUACCUGCAGCUGAACACUGAGCAGAUGUACAACUCCCUCAUGAAGAUCAGGGAGCGCUAUGGUCCAGUGUUCACGGUACACAUGGGCCCGCGACGGGUGGUGGUGCUGUGUGGCCAGGAGGCUGUGAAGGAGGCUCUGGUGGACCAGGCAGAGGAAUUCAGUGGGCGAGGCGAGCAGGCCACCUUCGACUGGCUCUUCCAAGGCUACGGCCCGGUUUUUAGCAACGGGGAGCGUGCCAAGCAGCUCAGGCGCUUCUCCAUCACCACGCUGAGGGACUUCGGAAUCGGCAAGCGGGGCAUUGAAGAGCGAAUCCAGGAGGAGGCAGGCUUUCUCCUUGAGGCAUUUCGGGGCACACGUGGCACCUUCAUAGACCCCACCUUCUUCCUGAGCCAAGCUGUCUCCAAUGUCAUCUGCACCAUUGUGUUUGGGGACCGUUUUGACUAUGAGGACAAAGAGUUCCUCUCACUGCUGGGCAUGAUUCGGGGAAGCUUCCAGUUCACAGCUACAUCUACUGGGCAGCUAUAUGAGAUGUUCUACUCAGUGAUGAAAUACCUACCAGGGCCCCAGCAACAGGCAUUUAAGGAGCUUAAGGGGCUGGAAGAGUUUGUAGCCAAGAAGGUGGAGCAGAACCAACGCACGCUGGAUCCCAACUCCCCUCGGGACUUUAUUGACUCCUUCCUCAUCCGCAUGCAGGAGGAACAAGAGAAUCCCAACACAGAGUUCUACUUGAAGAACCUCAUAAUGACCACACUGAACCUUUUCUUUGCGGGCACCGAGACGGUCAGCACAACCCUGCGUUAUGGCUUCCUCUUGCUCAUGAAGCACCCAGAUGUGGCAGCCAAGGUCCAUGAAGAGAUUGACCGAGUGAUUGGCAAGAACCGUCAGCCCAAGUUCGAAGACUGAGCCAAGAUGCCCUACACAGAGGCAGUAAUCCAUGAGAUCCAAAGAUUCGGAGACAUUAUCCCCAUGGGCCUGGCUCGUAGAGUCACCAAGGACACCAAGUUUCGCAACUUUCUGCUCCCCAAGGGCACUGAAGUGUUUCCAAUGCUGGGCUCUGUGCUGAAGGACCCCAAGUUUUUCUCCAACCCUCUUGAUUUCAACCCCCAGCACUUCCUAGAUGAGGAGGGGCAGUUUAAGAAGAAUGAUGCUUUUGUGCCUUUCUCCAUCGGAAAGCGGUACUGUUUUGGAGAAGGCCUGGCUAGAAUGGAGCUCUUUCUCUUCCUCACCACCAUCAUGCAGAACUUCCACUUCAAGUCUCUGAAGACACCCCAGGACAUCGAUGUGUCUCCCAAACAUGUGGGCUUUGCCACCAUCCCACCAAACUACACCAUGAGCUUCCUGCCCCACUGAGCUAGAAAUGUAACUGCCCCUACAAAGUCCCAGGGCUAGUGGGAGAACAAACGGUUGAGGGGUGUGGCCUGGGUGGGGUAGAGUUGGGGGGGGCUGAGAAUGUAGGCAGUGGGCUGGAGAAAAAGAAGGUGCAAGGUGGAUAGUAGAGAAAAAAAAACAGAUGAGUUGUCUAUUCACAUGCUAGAGACUGAGCCUUCAGAGCUGGAAUGAAAGGAAGCAAAUGUACUAUGAAUAUAGUAAUAUCAGUUCUAUGAAUGAUAAUAACAGCUAUUCUCUAUUAACAUGUACUCUGUGUCAGCUCUAUGCUCAAAUCAUUACACACUUGCUGCCCUUGAGGCUCACAAACCUGUGAAACAGGAACUGUGCUUGUGCCCAAAUUAUGGGAGAUACAGCUGACACUCAGAAAGUCUCUAUCUGAGAUUCAACAGAACACAAUAAAUGCUCAACAAGUACUUGAACUCAGAUCUGCCCAAGUACAGCUAUCCUAAGCCUACUAAACUUUGGAUGGGUUCUUAAGAGUCACCUCUUCCUAAACUAAGAUAUAACAGCUUAGUAUAUUAUUAUACAAUGUGAAGGGCUCUGUCAAAAAAUGUUUCCAGAUUCUGGGCAGGCGGCCAAUUUGCUUCCACACACUUGCCUACACUCUUGCUCAUUCACUCAGAUUUCACAUAGUUGGGCAUAGUUGCUCAGUGUAGACUAACUAAGCGAGGUGAUGGAGUCUAAGAUAUUGUUCUCCUGCACAGUGGCUCUGUGUGAAGCAGGGCUCAGAAAAGGAACAUGGCUGUUGUCUACAGUCAUUUCUGGGGAGAAUCUGUCUCCCAGCUGUCAUCCUGAUGCCAGACACUUCAGUUCUUCCACAUGUAUCCCUGGUGUCCUUCAAGGUGCUUGCCCCAUGGUGGAGCCUGCAGGGAGUGGGUCUGAGUAAGUUCAUGUCCAGGGUUCUCCAAGAGUAGAAGCCUGAAUACCCCACUGACCCAACCUUCACUGGUUUGUACAGCCAGAAGUUAUGGGGACUUAGCUUCCUAGCACUGGAACCCUGGGCUGACUGGGAUGCUGUGCGCUGGGAUCCCUCACUACUGAGAUGUCACCACAAUUUAUAUCCACCACAUAUGGGUAUGAGACUGGCCCCAUUCCAAAUCUUCCUGUCUUUGCCCCUCCACCCUUCCUACCCAUAUGUAUGAAUGUUGUUUCUUUAAUUCCUUAGUUCUCAGACUUCCAUAUAGCUUACGUUUCCUGAUGGUUGUGAGUGAUGGUUCUGUAGUUUAGCUGUCAUUUUCUGUGGUUGUGUAAUGAGGAGACCAUGUUGACCUACAUCUCCAUCUUUACUAGAAGCUAUAAGACAGAAUAUAUUAUUUUUCUUUGUUUGUUUUAAAA